AUGGCUGCGGGAGUGAAAAGAAAAGCAGAGACUCUUCCACCGGAAGAGAGUCAUUUGUUGGUGAUACGACCAUUAGGAGCAGGUCAAGAGGUAGGACGUUCAUGUGUUAUGCUUGAAUUCAAGGGAAAGAAAAUAAUGCUUGACUGUGGAAUUCAUCCGGGGAUGCGUGGAGUGGAUGCUCUGCCUUUUACAGAUUUGAUUGAUGCGAAUGAAAUUGAUUUGCUGCUUACUACAUUUCAUGGUCGAGUGUUCAUGACUCAUGCAACGAAGGCUAUUUAUAGGUGGAUGCUGUCUGACUACAUCAAAGUCAGCAACAUUUCAACCGAGGACAUGUUGUACAGUGAGAAAGAUCUAGAGAGCAGUAUGGACAAGAUAGAGACAGUUAACUUUCACCAGGAAACUGAAGUGAAUGGCAUUAAGUUCUGGUGUUAUCACGCUGGUCAUGUGCUUGGAGCUGCAAUGUUUAUGAUAGAAAUUGCAGGAGUUAAGAUUCUCUACACUGGAGAUUUUAGUCGAGAGGAAGACAGACAUCUUAUGGCUGCUGAAAUUCCUCAAAUAUCACCAGACAUUCUGAUUACAAUACAGUCAGACCUCGUUAUCUCAACACCCAAUAAUUCGGCACUCUCACUUUCUGAUCUGGACAGUUGCGUUAGUUCGACAGAAACCCUCGGACUAAAUGUGUAUCAUUGGAGUUUAGCUCAAAUUCUUGCUGUUGUGUGGAAGCAACAAAAGCUGCUAUCACUAGCAAACACAGAAUCAAACACAUCUUUAUUGUGGCCUCAGUUGUGGAAUGAGAACAACUGGUGA